GGGGGAGGGGCCGGGAGUUCCUCGGCACAGACACCUCUCGGCUCAGCUGAUGGGCCAGGCCAGCUUGGGAGUCCGAAGAAGCCUGUGGUUUCCUUCUAAGAUAGCCGUGCACGCACACAAAAGUACGCUCACACGUGUGCACACGUGUACACACCCUCACUCACCCAGCUGAAGCCCCGAGUGCAGAGCUGCUGGCCUGAGGCCCCAGGGUACACGUUACCCCCCUGCCAAUCAGCCUGCCUAAUCCCGCAGGCUCUGACUCUCCCCAGGGGACAGGGGAGGGAGGCCUCCGGCAGUGGGGCAUACUCCCACGGUCCCUCCACCUUCUGCCGACCUGCUGCCGCCUGGCCGGGGACAGCCCGGGAGGGUGGGACAAGAUUCCCCCUUGAGAGGGGGCUCCCUGGGGAGAGCUGCGUGCCUCCUGCGAGGAGGACAGUCCCUUCUCUGUACAAGGAGGGGCUCUCCAAGGCCAGGAGAGCUGUCAAAGGCUUCAUCAGAGCUGCUCCCGGCCUCAGACGUCUUUCCAUGAGAAUGCUGGCAGCAGAACAGCAGGGAGGCCUGCCUGAGGGCUGAGCGGGUGCUCCAGGGCCGCCAGCGCCCUGCUGCCCCAGUUUGGGGGUCACAUGGCUGGAGCACCCCGGAGACUUUGUCCUAGGGCGGCGGUCCAGCACGGGGCCCGGGGGAGGGUGCCCGGCUCGGGGGGUGGAAGUCACAUCCCUAACGUGGGUGCGCCCGUGGUGGGGGAUUUCACGGGUGUGCCGUGCGCAGGAGGGGGCUCAGCUGAGCUGGGCCGUGGGACGGGCGUCGAUGUGAUGGUGGCGGCGUGCUGUCAGGCGCCCUGCCCUGCAGCCCGGCUCCCCGGCCUUUGUCGGCUCCAGGCUGUGUGUGUCUUGCUGCCACCGGCUCUCCGCAGCCCGUGCUGUUUGGAUUUGCAGCCGGGACAGUUUGCCGCUGGCUCGGGACAGCCUUGGGUGUGGCAGCUGUGAGCUCCUGUUGGCAGGACGGUGUCCUGCGGUCCCCAAACCCGCCGCCCGGCACAGGCCUCGCACAAGCAGGUGUUGGCACAGGACUACCUGCUGCAUGAGUCAGGGGUCUCCGGAGAAGCCCAGCCAGUAGCAGAUAGGUCGCUAUAGAAAGAGACUAAUUCUAGGAGCUCAGCCCACGUGACUUUGUAAGAUACGUGGUCGGCAGGCUGCAGGCCCGGCAGAGGUGAUGUCGUGGCUGCCGUCUGAAAGCCGGCAGCCUCAAGACCCAGAGAGAGCAAUGAUGUUUCCAUGUGAGUGAAGGCAGGACAAAGCCGGUCCCAGUUCAAAGGCAGCCCUGCAGGGCAGCUCAGGGCUCAGCCUUUCCGUUCUAUUCAGCCCUUCAGCUGAUUGGAUGAGGCCCACGGGCUCUAAAUAUACCGAUUCAAAUGCUAAUUGAUUCCAGAACCUUCCAGAACCGCCCUCACAGCCGCACCUGGAAUGUUUGCGCAACGUCUGGGCGCCCUGGGACCCACCAGACUGACAGGUAGAAGCUAUAAUCAUUCCGCUCUUGGCUCUGAGAUCAUGGACCGGGCACCAGACUCUGAGGCGUGGGCUCCUCAGAGGGGAGGGAGGAGAGGCCGGGAUUUAGAUGGCAUCGGGGUCUCUCAGGUGAGGAUACCUGUGCACUGGACCUGGGAUGCUGGCGGAAGCUGGCCCGUCCUUCCUGGGGUGCAGUCUCCACCCAGCUUGGCUGCAGUCACCAGGGCCCCGCUCAACCACCAGCCAAGCCUGAGAAUUCAGGUCCCGGAAGAGGCACCACACCUUGCAUCAGGCCUCAGCAGCAGGUGGGAAGCAGAUACGCUUUUUUGCUAAAACGAUUUCCAAGCGGAGAGAAACCGUAGGCCACGUGCACACACUCACAGUGCCCAGAGGGGACCGUAGGCCACGUGCACACUCUCAGUGCCUAGAGGGGGAGUUGGUGGGGAGGCCUGACUUCCACCCCAAGCCCAGCUGUGGUGUCCACUCCUUGGGGGAGCCAGCUGGCAUCUAAGUGGUGCUGCCACUGGACUCUGCAGCCCCUGUCACCCUCCCACCAGCUUGACCACAGGGACCUGAGACAGAGGAACAAAAGGCAAUGGCCUCGGGACCACCAGCCUGGCCUUAAUGGGUGUUGGCCACCUGCAGGGAGUCACCAGCCAUGAAGUCACCUUCUCCUGGCUGAGCCCCGCGGGGAGUCAACUCUGGCCCUCUCAGAAGCAUGUCCAGGAAAGAAAUCACCCCGAGUGGCCUGGGUUGCACCCCCAGGCCCCAGCAGCGUUGUCGUGAGGGUGCUCAUGACCAGGAGACCAAGACAGAGCAGCUGGCCGUGCCCACCCACUCCACGUCUGAGUCUGCGUCCUGGACUCGGCCGCGGCGGCUGAGAUGCCCUCGUGCCGGAGCUGGCAGCUCCUGCAGACCCGUUUAUGCAGCAGACCUUUGCCGUGAGAUUCAGUCCUCGAGCUGCACACACAGCAAAGUGUCCUUUAAGUCCGGGGCAGGCGUCAGCAUGACUGUCUGUGUGCAUUUCUGGAGCUGUCUCCUGACACCGUACACGCCCAGCAAGCGUCGCCCGGGCACAGCCGCAUGAGAUCUGGGUACAAACUCGGGAAUCUCCCCCUGAAGACCCGAGAACGUGUGACCGUCCUCGUGGCUGUGAGAUUCCAGGUGUCACACAGCCCGGACCCAGGAUCCGGCGCUGCCUGCCGACGGAGGGGACAUUCCAGACACACUGGCCCCACGUCGCAGGUGUUUCUGUCCGCCUUCCCCCCCACCCCCACCACACCUCACACCUCAGCGCCUGCGUCAUGGGAGGGCCCAGCGUCCUUUCUGAUCAAGGCGCUGCUGUAAGGGUGAACGCCUUCCAGCUGGAACACAGCAGGUGGAGCAGAAUCUGGGCUUAGUGAGAGAUUGGGUCGACGCUGUCCUCGCGCUGCCUCGAAGGUGGGCGGGGGCGUGCAGUCUGCACUCAGGCUGCUGUGUCCUGGCCAUCACAGCCGCUCUUGAUGGACCCAGGGAGGAGAGCCCGGGGCUGCCCACCCGAGCGGCGCCAUCUGCUUCUCAUCCCGUGCGGGUGGUGACCACGCCGGUCGCCUGGCUGGUGUCUAAGAUGGGAUUUUCAGUCUGAAUCAACAAGCAAGUGAUGUGCGGGACUGCAGGUUGACUUUAUGUGUUUACGUCAGAGAUCAGAGCUCUUAGCUCAGGUAAACUUUACGCUGACGUGGAGCUGUUUGGGCCACACACCAGUGGGACUGGAGUCUUGUUGAGGGUUUUAUUUUCAAAUAGGAAGGACUCUAUUUCUUCAUGACCAUCCCUAGUUGCGCUAGCUCAGCGAUCUGGCCGCCCCCUUAGCCCUGCUGGGGUCCGAUCCUUCCCGUCCCGGCCCCUGCAUUUCUCCUUGCGGGGGAUGGGCGGGAUGGUUAAACAAGCCCAGAGCUGGGGGGAGGCGCUUCUGCAGAUCCCUCCUAGGAAGGCCCACCCACCAAUAACAAUUCCCCGGCCCAGCACCGACCAUCCAUCCCCACAGGCCGCUGGAGCGACCUCUCAGAGCAGCCGCUGCCCCUCGGCCCGCUUGGAUGCCUUCCCUUUGGGGCCACCCCAGCUGGGAAGGGGUCCAGGGCCCUGCUGGUUAUGUGCAUGCGUUCACGUGUUUCCAUGUGGAAGGUGUGUGCACAGAUGGGUGUGUGUGCGUGCACAUGGCGGAGGAAUGCAUCCCCACAGCACGAACACGCGGCCGCCUCUGGGCGAGGUCGAGCUUUUUCCGCGUUUCUGUUUCGGGAGCCCGUCUGAGCUGCGGGGCUGGUGGGAAGCAGCGCUGUGCUGUCUCGGGGCUCACGCCUGUCACCGUCUGCUCUGUUCCACGGCGGCCCAGGUGCCUACAGUGCCUGCUUUGGGAGCAGGUGCGUGGCUUUCUGUCCCUCCUGGAGGCUUGACGGUCCUUCACGUGGCGUGAACUUUGCUCCUUCCGUGGGCACCCUCCUCGUCCGCGUGACCGAGCCUGAUGCACCAGGGUGCACGGAGGAGGUGGUGGCUCUAUACAUACAGCCCUGGGCGUGGUCGCGGGCCCUGGGGAAUGACUCAGGCGGGAGGCCUCGACAUCUGGCUGCCGAUCGCCUGGCAGUGCCAGUUUCCAGAGCAAAGACUUGGCCCCGUGUGUCAAUGCCACACAGUUGGUCGUGGUUCUUUGAGUGAAACGUUGGCGAGGACAGCCAACACGCUCGUGGGCUCUGAAGCCGGACCACGUGGUCUCGUCCUAACUGGCCCUGGAUGGCUGUGUGGCCUUGGGGAAACUCCUGACUCCUCUGGGCCCACUUCCCUUUCCUGUACGAUGGGCUGUGCGUGGAGCUCAGACUCCGCCAGGAAGUGGGAUGCUGCGUUGUCUUAUGGCAUUUGUGCCCACGGCCUGGCCCCAGGGAAGGCAGGAGAGGAGGCCGGGGUGAGGCUAAAAUUAGCUAAGACGGCGCAGCGGAGGAGAGGCAGAGGUCUGGCAGAAAGACCUGGCGUCCCAGCCUCAACGAACAGGGUGCGAGGGGAUCAGGAGAGGCGGAGCUCCCAGACCCCCCCACAUGCAAAACUGCCUCCCAGACCUGGGUGUGGUCCCACCACGGCCCACUCCCCUCACCCUGGACCGCUUCCCAGUUUGCAAGGUUAACACAAGAUAAAGCCAAUCUUUUGUUUAAAAACAGUCCUAACCUGGAGGCCCAGUGGUUAGGACUCUGAGCUUCCCUUGCAGGGGGCACAGGUUCGAUCCUUGGUCGGGAACUAAGAUCCCUCAUGCCACGUGGCUUGGCCAAACAACAAAAAACAAAACAAAGCAAAGCAAGCGAACAAACAGAGACCAGCCCACAGCAGCCGAAAGCCUGUCGUCGCAAGGGCUGAAGGACCUGCCCGUGGCCAGCAUGGCGGAAAAGUCCUCUCUGCCCUCUGCCAGCUGGGCCCCUGCCAGGCGCAGCUCCCCCAGAGGCACCCCAUGUCCCCUCCCGCCCCACCGCCCAGGACUCUCAGUGGUACCGCCCUCUGCACUCACCACUGGGCUCACGUCCUGUUCUGAGUAUCUGUUAGACUCCACCUCCCUCCAGGCCUGUGGUCUCCUGGAAGCCGGGCCUCCUGGGGGGCCGCGUGAGCGUCCUGUAACGAAGGACCAAAAACUGGGGGCUUAAAAGAACAGAACUCGAUUCCCCGCCCAGUUCUGGAGGCCAAGAGUCAGAAGUCAGGGUGGGGCAGGGCUGCCCUCCCUCUGGAGGCUCCGGGGGAGGGUCCUUCCCAUCUCUUCCAGCUUCCCCCAGGCGUCCUUGGCUUGUGGCUUCAUCACUGUAGUUUCUGCUUCCGCCAUCACGUGGCUUCUCUAAUAAGGACACUGUCGCUGGAUUUGGGGCCCUCCCCAAGCCAGGAGGACCUCAUCUCAAAUCACCGAUCACAUGUGCAAAGACACUUUUUCCAAAUAAGGUCAUGCUCAAGGUCGGGAGGAUGUAUCUUUUCGGGCCGGGGGUGGGGACCACCGUUCUGCCCCUCCGCGUCCCCGGCUCAGGGCCCAGCAGAGUGGUGCUCUGUGACUAGCUGCCUGAAGGACUCGGUCCACCAAGCCUAAUCUGAGACAAGUCUGGGGGCAGCGGCAGCCCUCUGGGCAGCGGCCUCUCCCGACAUCACUGACACCCGUGCGCGGUGGGGGGUCUGAGGCCGCCUCGGGCCCUGAGUGGCCGACAGCGGGUUCUCCCUGUGUGCCUGUCUGGGUCCAGAGUCCUUCCUUUAAAGGACAGUAGCCGCAGUGGACCAGGCCCCCCCCCAUGACCUCAUUUUACCUGUCACCUCCUUAGAGGCGCCCCCUCCAAAUCACUCCCAUUCCAGGGGACACGGUUCAGCCCAUAGCGAGAGGUAACCCGACGGAAGUGUGUUGAGUUCGGCAGAAGACCCUCGCACGGGGCCCCCGGGGCUGUGGGUACAACCAGGGUCAGGUGUUUCCUGUCACAGCGACUGUACCUGUGCCGACCGGCUUACUUCUGUCGGGAAAGUCAGCGUUUUUCCUCUUAAGAUGCAGAGUGGUUGUUGCCACCUGGGGGGUCCAGAAAGAUCUGUUUACCUGGCAAUAGGUCCCGCCUUUUCUCAAAGCUUGGGGGUGUUGGGGGUGUUUGGGAGCCCCGGGAGCCUCGCGAUGCAGCCAUUUCUCAGGCCCGACUGAGCUCCUUUUGGUCCGUGGGCUGGGAGUCAAAGUGAGGGCCCAGAUAGGGCAACGGGAACAGGCCGGGCUGGGAGUUUGCAGAAAGAUGGAGCGCUGGCACAGUGUCCCUUGAACCUGUCUGCGGGGCUGCGACCUGCAGCGGUUUCAGCAUCUCGAGAGACCAGCCACGGGCGAGGCCCGGCGCCAGCCCGCCCUCCCGCCAGGUGCCGUCCCGGGGGCCUGGGUGGGCCUGCCUGUACCCCCUUCCUCACUUCCCACACUCUCCACACGCUGGACUAAGUUGGAUUUCCCUUUCACGCUAAAGAGCACAAGGCCGGCCGGGUGUGAGUUCAGGGAAGAUGGAGGCCGGGCGUGGAGUUGAGGGCGGGCACGGUCAGCUGCCCCUGGCGGAGCGCACAGCUCAGGCCGGCGAGCCAAGGCCGUGGGGAAGGUGUGGGUCAGGGUGGACCAGGGGCUCACAUGGCGUCUGAUUCAGUCCUUCUGUGUCUCAGCUCCACUCUCAGCUCUGUGGCCUCAUUCAGGCCGGGGGCUGCCCUCACUAGGCUGGGUAGCGGACAGGCCGAGCCGUCGGUGCCCCCGGGGACAGGCCGGGGGAGGGUUCUCCUGGAGAUGGAUUCUUCCCGCAGAUCGGACCGCCGCUGGAAUUCCGCAUCCACUCCCGCUGCCGUCGCUGUCACGCCCUCGGAGAUGCCGCAGCUGGUCUUCCCCGGCCCCCCGUUGGCCACCAACAGCGAGUGUGACUGCACGCCCCCCAGCCGGCGGGCGUCCCUCGGCUCACCCCUGAGCCAGCCGCUGUGCCAGCCGCAGCCCGAGAAGCACGGGCCCCAAGCGGCCCGGGAGGUGCGCUACGUGGCGACGGGGCGGCCGGAGGAGGCCUGCGGCUGGCGGGCCUUCGCGCCCACGUGCCUGCAGGCCUUCAACACACCCCGGGGCUUCCUGCUAUUCCUGUGCGCGGCCUCCUUCCUGCAGGGCAUGACCGUGAACGGCUUCAUCAACACCGUCAUCACCUCCAUCGAGCGGCGCUACGACCUGCACAGCUACCACAGCGGCCUCAUCGCCAGCGCCUACGACGUGGCCGCCUGCCUCUGCCUCACCUUCGUGGGCUACUUCGGGGGCCGCGGCCACAAGCCCCGCUGGCUGGGCUGGGGCGUGCUGGUCAUGGGGGCUGGCUCGCUGGUCUUCUCGCUGCCCCACUUCACCACCGGCCCCUACGAGGUGCAGGUGGACGAGGCCGUCGGAACGUGCCGGGCCAACCGCAGCGCAACCUGCGGGGGCCACGCCUCUGGCCUGUCCAGCUACCAGCUGGUCUUCAUGCUGGGCCAGUUCCUACACGGCGUGGGCGCCACCCCGCUCUACACGCUGGGCGUCACCUACCUGGACGAGAAUGUCAAGUCCAGCUACUCGCCUGUCUACAUCGCCAUCUUCUACACCGCGGCCAUCCUCGGCCCCGCAGCCGGCUACCUGGUCGGAGGUGCCCUGCUGAAUAUUUACACUGAAAUAGGCCAGCGGACGGAGCUGACCACCGAGAGCCCGCUGUGGGUCGGCGCCUGGUGGGUGGGCUUCCUGGGCACUGGAGUGGCCGCCUUCCUCAUCGCUGUGCCCAUCCUUGGCUACCCGCGGCAGCUGCCAGGCUCCCAGCGCUACGUGGUCAUGAGAGCAUCUGACACACACCAGUUAAAGGACAGCAGCCACAGGGUGACCAGCAACCCCGACUUCGGGAAGACCAUUAGAGACCUGCCUCUCUCCAUCUGGCUCCUCCUGAAGAACCCCACGUUCAUCCUGCUCUGCCUGGCCGGGGCCACAGAGGCCACGCUCAUCGCUGGCAUGUCCACGUUUGGCCCCAAGUUCCUCGAGUCCCAGUUCAGCCUCAGUGCCUCGGAAGCUGCCACCUUGUUUGGGUACCUGGUGGUGCCGGCGGGCGGCGGAGGCACGUUCCUGGGCGGCUUCUUUGUGAGCAGGUGCAAGCUCCGAGGCGCGGGCAUCAUCCGGUUCUGCCUGCUCUGCAGCCUGACCAGCAUGCUGGCCUUCCUCGUCUUCUUCAUGCACUGCCCCAACGUGCCCAUGGCGGGCGUGACCGCCGGCUACAACGGGAGCCUCCUGCCCGAAGGCCACCUGGGGCUGACAGAUGCCUGCAACGCCGCCUGCGGCUGCCAGCCAGAGCACUACAGCCCCGUGUGUGGCCCCGACGGCCUCAUGUACUACUCGCCCUGCCACGCGGGGUGCCCGGAGGCGGCCUCGCCUGGCCCCGGUGGCCAGAAGGUGUACCGAGACUGUAGCUGUGUCCCUCAGAAUUUUUCCUCUGGUUUUGGCCAUGCUACCGCAGGGAAAUGCACUUCAACUUGUCAAAGAAAACCCCUCCUUCUGCUUUUCAUAUUCGUUGUAAUUAUCUUUACCUUCCUCAGCAGCAUCCCUGCACUAACGGCAACGUUACGGUGUGUCUGUGACCAGCAGCGAUCCUUUGCGCUAGGAAUCCAGUGGAUCGUGGUUAGAACUCUAGGGGGCAUCCCGGGCCCCAUCGCCUUCGGCUGGGUGAUCGACAAGGCAUGCCUGCUCUGGCAGACGCAGUGCGGCCAGCAGGGCUCCUGCUUCGUGUACCAGAACUCGGCCAUGAGCCAGUACCUGCUUAUCGCAGGGCUGGCGUACAAGGGUCCCUCGGCCAGAGCAGCAGGCUGGACCCCGGGACGGCUGUCUGCCCAGAUAGUCCCCCCGCGGCCUCGGCACAGGGGUCCUGGGCUUCAUCUUCUUCACCACUGCCUGCUUCCUGUACAAGCCCCUGUCGAGGUCUUCGGACGGCCUGGAGGCUUCUCUGCCCAGCCAGUCCUCAGCCUCCGACAACCCCAUGGACCUUCAGGAAGCCCCCUCAGCCCUCCAGAUCCAGAGCGACAUCUGACAGCCCACCCGCCUGCCCGGGGGCACGGGCCUGCCGCGACACUUCCUAGGAACACUAUCUAAUUUCUCCCCGGAAGGGGUGACGCCUCCCUGAUUGAUCCCCGGCCCUGAGGACCCUGCAAAACUCUGCCACUGGGUCUGGGGGGACUGAGCCUCAAAGGCACCGAGGAGAAAGAACGCAAGACGUCCGAACGGACGCCCCUGCCCCAGCCCCCCAGACCUCGCCAGAGAGAGUGGGGUGACCGGCUCUUGGCUCGGAAGGAGCGGCCCACUUCCCGGCCGGAUGCGGGGCUGCCUCCCUCUGGUCCGCUCACACUCUGGCCCUCUCCCACGGACUUAGCCAAAUAGCAUCCCCUGGGGCCUCAGGGUCCCUCGGAAACACGGACAGCUGUGCUUCCAGAGCAACGUGUGCGAUACCUACGUAACUCCGUCAGUAGUUACGAAAAGUGCGAAACCACCUGUGAACUUCGGGGAGACACUUCUGGCAUCCCUUGAUCUCUCCUUUGAAUGGCGGAUGUGGAGCUGGUGGCUGCCCGGCGGUUUACAAGCUCUCUUCUCUCUGGAGACGUUAAGGCCGGUGAUGCUGGCGCUGUUGGAGCUGCUCCGUGGAAGGGACAAAGCACCCACCCCCGUGGGUGAGCCGGAGCUGGCGGUGCUUCUGCGCGGGUCCACACCAUCCUGUGUGCGGCCUGGCCCUGACUUCCUGUGUUUCUCCUGAUGCAGAGGAGGCCGGUGGGCUGCCGUCCCCGGGGCACAUCCACAUGGACCCCUCUCCUGCGUGUGUUCUGAACCUGCCGUCACCUCCUGUCCUUGGGGCCACAGCGCUGCAGCAGGACGGGAGCGACUUGCAUAAGGAUGUAUUUAUGGACGCGUAUUUUGCAUAAACAUCUAUUUAUAGAAUUUGUUUUUUACCUGACGGUGUGCUAAGCACUUGUGAAUUCUACCCGGAGGGUGUCGGGACUUGCGUGGAAUGUCUAUUGUGGGUGAUCUCAGUUAAAACUGUGGGUAUGUAAAUAUAUUUUAAUAUUUAAAGCAUA